AUGUCUUUCGGGUUCUCUGUUGGAGACCUUGUGCUUUGCACCCAGAUCGCCUAUCGCCUUGUCUCCUCUAUUACCACGACAGGUCGCAACGAAGCGUCCACCGAUCUGAGAGAACUCCAGGACGUUCUCUGGAGUCUCUGCUUCGCUUUGAGCAAUUUACAAGUCGCCUACGAUACCAUCCUGACCAGACCAAUCAAUCAAUUCGGAUACACUGCUAUUAUGAGUUUACAAAUGGCAUAUAUGAUUGGUUCGUGUCGGGAGACUUUGGAAAUACUGGUCAAUUCUACGGCAGACUAUCGGUCGGCAGUCAACAACUCUGGGGUGCAGAGUCAGAACACUCAUGGCAAUAUCAUGGGCUUUAUCUUCCCUCACUUCGGAUCCAAAAUCAGGGUCCAGUGA